AUGCUGCUCGAGGAGGCCGACGUCGUCGAACAUAUAUUGUCCAAGAACCCCUUUGAGAGGAACAAAAUGCUUACCUCUCAACAUCUACUAGAUAUUUCUUACCCUAGGCCCCAGCAAAUCCUCUCUUCAAACAUGGUUGUCGGCAACGAUGAAUAUUCCAUCUGGAGAACAGCACCUGAUGCCCUCCGACUGUGCUACCAACACUUCCUCUGGCACGAAGUCAACAAGAGCAACAUCCAUCCCUCGAUCGACCUGAGUGACAAGCCGGAUCUACGCAUUGCUGAGCUUGCUGCUGGUCACUGUCUGUGGGCUAUGCAGGUUGCAGAAGAAUACCCUCAUGCUCAGGUAGAGGCUUCAGACAUCAGCUUGGGCCUCGUACCUCCAAAGCCUGACCUACCGCCAAAUCUGUCGGUGACCAAAUGGAGUUUCUUCGACCCGGUUCCUGAGCACUGGAAAGGCGCAUUCGAUCUUGUCCAUAUCAGACUAGUCAUCCAGGUUUUCGGGGGGAACCAGGAUCCUCGAGCCGUGUUGGAGAAGUUUGUGUCAAUGCUGAAACCGGGAGGCUAUCUCCAGUGGGACGAGUAUGACUACUUUGACGCAGACAAGAACAAUGUCUACUCGGCCAACGAUCCCACCCGCAUUCCCAACCCAGAGGUCACACACAACUCCUCGACCCAGCUUUGGAAGAUCAUGAUGAAUACAUUCCAGUGGCCAACGGAGCACUUUGAUCGGUUACCAAGAUAUUACGCCGAUGCAGGAUUGAAGAAUGUGGUGGCUGACAGCAAACGGCCACCUCCUUCGAUCUUCCGUGGCUUCUAUGAACAUUGGUAUGCCCUGGUGGCGCAGUUAAUUCCCGUGCUGGAAGCGAGGGAUAUGGAGGCGAGUCAAGACGCACGACAGCUUCUGGCCCAGAUGAAGAAAGAUGCCGUUGUCGAUGGUGUCUACAGUGCACAUAUCACCAAGUUCAUGGUCGGGAAAAAGCCUGGAUCCAAACAGUAUCAACCUCACCGUGUAGUGUCGACGGAAGAUUUGCUCAGCGUACAACGAGGGGAUUAUGGCAGGAAUAUCUCAGCUAAUCUGCUCUUUACCAUCGGGAGGGCCGUCACUGGCCCUCUACAAUAUCCGCUGAUUGCUUCUCGCCCGCUGUCUCGUCUGGGUGUGCCUCCUCCGCCUACAGGAACAGCUGACAUUACAUGGUUUGGGAGGGAAUUCAGACGCCUACCGUUCCUCGUGGCAUUGAUGUCUGCGACUCUUUCAGCCAAGCACAUACUGUGGAUAAAUUUGAUGGCCCGUGAGCACCUUACGAUGAAAUUCGCCACGUUUGCCAUCGUCUCAGACUUCCUGUACGAAAGUGUCAAUUCGCCGAUUUUCACCGCCGUAUCCAUCAAUCCCAUGUUCUCAGAAUGCCUCUUGUAUACGGGCUUCAGUAUCUUCAUGGCCAGUGGUGCUUUGGGAUUGCUAGUAGAGCUUCAACGAAUGGCUUUCAAGGCAUAG